UGUGUUUCUUUGACCCUAACAUCUGAGAGUAUUUGGUGUAAAAUCCAGCUCCCCGUACUAACACGGGUUAUACUGACCAAGGAUCAUACUGCCGGAGGAACACAGUGGGUCGGGCAGCGACUCUGGAGGGAAAUGGACCGUCACAAUUACUGGCCGAGACCCUCCCACUGGACUGAGAGUAGACAGGAAAUAUUCAGAGAAAAGCGGUGAGGGGUGGGGAUGGGGCAAGAGCUGGGGAGAGAGAGAUGGAUCCAGGUGAGGGGGAGGUGGAAAUAGUGACGGGGGGGGGAAUGUGAGUUGUGGGGGCAACACGGGGCUGCAGAAAUAGAAUUUAAUACCAUGGAGGAUUAUAAGAAGUUCGAGAGUGUUUGCUUCAGAGAUUCACCAGACUAUUUCCUGGAGGACGAUGGAGUCUCAGUGAUCAUCUUCACAUAAAACAGAGGCCGGCGGAUGUGUGGAGACCGAAGGGAUCGAGGAAAUGAGGAUCGGGCAGAAACAUGUGGGCUGAGAUGGGAGAGCAUCCGCCAUCUUGUUGAUGGUUGGAGGGGCUGAAUGACCUCCUCCUGCUGUUUCUCACUUGAUGUUACAGUGUUCCUGUCCAGUGAGGCUCCGGAGGAUUGUGAAUAGAAAUUACUGUUUAUAAACAUACAAGUGAUUUCAAUGAAACCCGCUCAAUUCCUGUUCGGGUGGGCAUUGUGUACCGGACCGGGAGGGAAUCGAACCCGGAAAGCUCCAGGAAACGGGAGGCGAAGCGAUGGGGACGGGAAAGAUACAGAGGGGAAAAUUAAAAAUGUAGCUGGUGUAAGUAUGAACUAAGGUUUAAAAUGCGGCAGUUAGUUCGCGCAGUGAGUGAGGGGCGAGGAGCAGAGUCGCCGGUUCAGGAGGUAGUCCCUCCACCCGUCAUGUGAUCCAGCGUCUGGCUCCCAUUUCAAACACAGAUCUGCAGCAUCUGACGUUCUCGCUUCCGAGGCCCCGCCCGGCUCUCACAGUCUCCGGAUGGGCGGUGCUUUUCUUUCCGUCCUCUGUUGAAGCGGGUCGUCGGCGGCGAGCUGGUGGACCCAUCGCUGUCUGCGGGACAAAUUGAUCAGGUUCUCAUCGGUGAGCAUUGAGGCCGGUCAUCAGGGGUGAACGCGACCAACAAUUUCCCAUCGUUAGACCUGUGUUGAGAGAUUUAUUGGAAGGAAAACCCACGACUGGAAGAAAUCACAACUGACGACGAGGGAACAGCAACAAGUGAACCAGUUCGAGAACUGAGGGCACCAACUGGAGAGAAACCGUCUGAAUCAGAGUUUCCAUUGACUCACUCAGGAGAAAGUUUGCUCAGAUCAUCAGCAGAAGGCGGCGCUGUCCUGCACCGGGAUCAGAGUGUAAACAAGACGACGACAAUCAACAACCGUCAGUCAGAAUCAGAAUGGCUACAGGUGGGAAAUUAAAUCGGGUACCGAAAGUACUCAAGAGGCUUUUACCAGGCAGCUCAUCGAGGGAAAAUGAUCGGGAUACGGGAAGCAAGGUUCCAAAGCAGGGUCAGAUUGAGAGCAAUGUCCCAAUGGAAUGCGGUCCGGCCGCAGAGGAGGAGAAGCAAAUUCAGCCCAGAGACAGUGACGUCAGAGACACUGAGCAGGUCCCUGGAACCGGCACAAGUGAGGCGACUGCCUGUCAGCCCAGAGACAGUGACGUCAGAGACACUGAGCAGGACCCUGGAACCGGCACAAGUGAGGCAACUGCCUGUCAGCCCAGAGACACUGACGUCAGAGACACUGAGCAGGUCCCUGGAACCGGCACAAGUGAGGCGACUGCCUGUCAGCCCAGAGACAGUGACGUCAGAGACACUGAGCAGGUCCCUGGAACCGGCACAAGUGAGGCGACUGCCUGUCAGCCCAGAGACAGUGACGUCAGAGACACUGAGCAGGACCCUGGAACCGGCACAAGUGAGGCAACUGCCUGUCAGCCCAGAGACAGUGACGUCAGAGACACUGAGCAGGACCCUGGAACCGGCACAAGUGAGGCGACUGCCUGUCAGCCCAGAGACAGUGACGUCAGAGACACUGAGCAGGACCCCAGAACCGGCACAAGUGAGGCGACUGCCUGUCAGCUCGGAAACUCAUUAAACACGGAAUUGUCGAGUGCCCAACAGGGAGUGGAGUUUACAAUCUCCGACCUCCUGGCAGAGGGGGGCGAGUAUCGACUGUACCAACUGACCAAGUUCUACAGGGACAGACUCAAACAUGCAAUUGAAGAGAAAGUUGAACGACUCGGUUGGAUGUUGACAAAGGAUGGACAUUUCAGUCGAGAAGAAAAUGAGAAAGUCACUGAACUGACGGAGAAGGGAAACCGGACAGAGAGUUCCAGACUCUUCCUCAGUUUGGUGAAUGGCAAAGGCUCCCGGGCCCGACGGGCGAUGUGGGAAUCCUUUGUGAUGUGGAGGACUGAGUUACCGAAGUUGGACAGGAUACUGAGGGAGAUACAGGAGCUCGGUCCUGACCCAGAGGAAUACAUGAACAUCGCACAAGGGUUGUCUGAGUUACCCACUGAACUGACAGAUGUUCAACAGAAACACAAGGAGACUCUGCGGGCACAAACUGAAACACUGAGAGUGAAUACGAUCCUGAUGAGUGAGAAGGUGAAGGUUUUCCAGCUGCUUGAUCGAUACACAAAGCUCACGGUCAUUUCUAGUCUUCGAGAUCGGAGACUGGUGGAACACGAGCUGCUGGCAAGAGGCAGAGACCACGAGGAUUAUAGAGAGAAACAUCUCCGUGGAGCGUUAGAAAAAAUAGAGACUGCUCAGUUAUUCCACAGCAGUUUUUCCAGGAGAAAAUCCAAAUCUGGCAGUUCUGCAGCAGUAGCCGGAGUGCCAGGAAUCGGGAAAACAACAAUGGUACAGAAGAUUGUUUAUGACUGGGCCGCGGGGAAAAUAUUCCAACAAUUCCAGUUUGUCUUCAGUUUCAAAUUCCGGGAUUUAAACUCAAUUAACUGCAGAAUAAACCUGAGGGAACUGAUUCUGGAUCAGUAUCCUUACUUUGGGAAUAUCCUGAGAGAGGUCUGGAAGAACCCAGAGGCAUUGCUGUUUAUAUUCGAUGGUUUGGAUGAAUUCAAGCACACAAUUGAUUUUGCGGACAGUCGGAGAUACACAGAACCCAAGCACCAGUGCCCAGAUCCCGAGUGGUGGUGUGAAGUGUCGGACAUUGUGUACAGUUUAAUCCAGGGCAAGCUGCUCCCAGGGUGUUCAGUGCUGGUGACCACCCGCCCCACUGCGUUACAUUUAUUGGAAAAGGCGGAGAUCAGUGUCCGGGCUGAAAUCCUGGGAUUUGUUGGUGAGGAACGGAAGGAAUAUUUCAUCAAGCAUUUUGAAGAUCAGAUGGUGGCAGCAGCUCUUUUCAAACACGUGCAGGAGAACGAGAUCCUGUACACCAUGAGCUACAACCCCUCCUACUGCUGGAUCCUCGCUCUGGCACUGGGCCCCUUCUUCACACAAAGAGUCAGGGACCCGCAGAGAGUUCCCAAGACCAUCACCCAUAUGUACUCCUACUAUAUUUACAAUAUCCUAAAAAAUCACGGCCGUGAGAUUGAGAGACCCCGUGAUGUGUUUCUCAGGGUGGGUCAGAUGGCCUACAGAGGAGUGUCUGAGAGGAAGAUUGUGUUUACAGACGGAGAUUUGAUCAACUACACUCUGCAGCCUUCCCAGUUCCUGUCCGGGUUCCUGAUGGAGCUUUUGGAGAGAGAGGAUUCUGCCCACAGCGUGGUGUACACAUUCCCACACCUCACCAUCCAAGAGUUUGUAGCUGCAGUCGCACAAUUCCUGACUGUACAUCCCGAGGAUAUCCUGAAAUUCCUCACUGAAGCCCACAAGACGGAAGAUGGGCGAUUUGAGGUAUUUCUCCGUUUUGUUGCUGGUCUCUCCAACCCAAUGACAGCUCGGGGCCUGGAGGAGUUUCUGGGUCCAUUUCUUCAUCAAACAACCUGCCGGGUGAUUGACUGGGUGAAGGAAGAGGCUAAACGCCAGAGUAGAAACACUGGUGACAUUGGUAGAAGGAGACUCCUGAACACAUUGCACUACCUGUUUGAGUCUCAGAAUCGUGGACUGGCUCAGGCCGCACUGGGAUCUCUGAAAACACUUUCAUUCAGUGGAAUGACACUGACCCCGGUUGACUGCGCCGUCCUGUCUCAUGCCAUCGGACUCUCUGAUACUAUAAAAUAUCUCAACCUGGAGCGCUGCCACAUUCAGUGUGAAGGAAUCCAGCGGCUGGGACCCGGGCUGAACAAGUGCCAGGAGUUGAGUCUCGGGGAGAAUGACCUGGGAGAUUCAGGAGUGAAACUGGUGUCUGCGGCUCUGAGGAACCCGGAGUGUAAAAUACAGAAACUGUGGCUGGAGAGAGUCGGUCUCACAGAUUCUGGGGCCGAGGAUCUCGCCUCCGCUCUCAGUACAAACCCAUCACUGACGGAGCUGGACCUGAGUGGUAAUAAACUGGGAGAUUCAGGAGUGAAACUGGUGUCUGCGGCUCUGAGGAACCCGGAGUGUAAAAUACAGAAACUGUUGCUGGAGGAUGUCGGUCUCACAGAUUCUGGGGCCGAGGAUCUCGUCUCUGCUCUCAGUACAAAACCAUCACUGACGGAGCUGUACCUGAGUGGUAAUAAACUGGGGGAUUCAGGAGUGAAACUGGUGUCUGCGGCUCUGAGGAACCCGGAGUGUAAAAUACAGAAACUGUGGCUGAGGGAUGUCGGUCUCACAGAUUCUGGGGCCGAGGAUCUCGUCUCCGCUCUCAGUACAAAACCAUCACUGACGUGGCUGGACCUGAGAUACAACUCUCUGACAGACCGAUCUGUCCCCGCUCUCCGCCGCCUCAUACUGACCCUCCCAAGUCUGGAGCAGAUCGGGUGAGUGUUUGUGUUAAUGUUCAAUGUGAUAAAAUGUCAGCGGAUCCGCGGGUUUUCUGGUGAUAUUUGUCUGUGAGUGUUGUUGAAACAUUAACCCCGGUCCCCUGUUACUGACCCUGUUGUGUGAUCAGUUUAUUCCAUCUUCAUUCUCCCAUCUGUUUCAGGCUGGAGGGGAAUCGGUUCAGUGAGACCGGGAUGAAGGAACUGAGAUCUCUGCAGGGAGUCAGACCCGGACUGGAAGUGAUCGUGUGAACAUCCCCGCCCGUGGAAUGGAGCCGAUUCCCCCCCCUCCCCUUUAACUACCCUCCCCCUCCCCUUUAACUACCCCUCCCCCUCCCCUUUAACUCACCCCUCCCCCUCCCCUUUAACUACCCCUCCCCCUCCCCUUUAACUACCUCUCCCCCUCUCCUUUAACUACCCCUCCCCCUCCCCUUUAACUCCCCCUCCCCUUUAACUCCCGCCCUUACCUUUAAUGGCCGCGCGCCGGGUCUGAUUCCCAACGGUUUUAACGGAACCGGCUCCGGUCUCGAGCUCGGUGAUCUCGGAAGCGCUCCCGCCGUGACGUAUUUCCGCCCGCUGUCCGGCGGCGCCACUUCCGCCGGAUGUGCGGGUCCGAGACUCUCCCGCGUGACACCCCGGGGAAUUCCCCGGAUGGGAGGAGCCCGGGGGGCCGGGGCUCAGUCUGGGACACCGGUGUCCCGGGAGAGAAUCCUUUUGCCCCCUCUGCUGAGGACGGGGCAUUCGGCUGUCCGGCCAAUAUAAUGGUGUUAAAUUGACAAAUACCUCGGCAAUGACCUUGGAUCCGCAGCGAUCCCGGACACGGCCCCGGAGUGUGAUUGGAUGCAGAGUGACGGGGAGGAACGGGACUGAUUAAUCUACCGGUCACCGGUUGUCGCCGGUCAGUUAAUUCUGUGUGACUGUGAGUGAGUCGGGAACAGUGUGGCGACCCACUUUCUGCGCAGGCGCACCGGCUCACAAAUACCCAGGGAUCAAAUGCCAGCACCAGGAAGUUUGAAUAAACUAGUCUGGAACAGAUUUACCGACUGCCAGUCGUUGUCUCUAACUCUGUAUGUAGUACAUCGCUACAACAGCUUAUUUACUCCCGCAAGUCAGCAGCUCACAUACUGUUUAAUUUGCAUUUAUCAUGAUGAAAUCAAUAAACCGCUGUAACUUCC